AUGAACGCCAGUCAAGAGAAAUUUUAUUAGUUUCUUCGGUUUCUCGCGAUAUUACACUUGAUUCUUGCCGACUAAAUAGAUAACGAUGGAAAUGGUCAUCCGUGUUUCUAUCUAGGGUUGUAAGUUAUUUCCCGCAGUCUUUUGAUUUUUAUGUUUAGACAGAAAACAAACCCCAGAUUGCAGCCAGAGAACAAGAAAGAGAGGAAAGGUCCUCAAAGAACGUCACAUGGAAGUGUGGUUUUUGACUUGGCCGGCUCAUUCGGAGGAAUGGUUCGUCAAAUGUCGCAAAUGAUGUCUUCAGCACGUGGCGAGCUUAUCUUGUUUAUCAUUUGAUCUCCAUCCGUGUUUGUAUCUAGACGUUAUCUUCUCUCAUUUUCAGUGUUCAGAAAAAGCCGUAAGUCGGCGUUAUAA